AGUAUACAUUUUCAGCUCUAAGAAAAUUAAGAAUAUCUGUGAAAAUACCGUUUGGAUUGUAUCGUGUGAAUGUUCUUUUUACAAUUCAAUAUCUACAACGUAAAUGCGUCACUCGCCUUGAGAUAUAAGUUCGAAGGUCUCAAGUAUAGUUACAACGGCUGCCUCACCCUUCAAACCGAAACGCAUUACUGCUUCACGGCAGAAAUAGGCAGGGUGGUUGUACCUACCCGUGGGAACUCACAAGAGAUCUUACCACCAUUAAUUACGCAAAUUAUAAUUUUACGGAUUUGAUUAGAAGUCUAGUGAUUAGAAAAAUUGGUACUCGCCUGCGGGAUUCGAACAUCGGUACAUCGCUACACACGAAUGCACCGAACAUCUUAUCUUUUAGGCCACGAGAUACAGACUACGAUCGGGAAUUGAACCUGGACUCAGAGGAACAAUAGUCCGGAUGAAUUGAUAGAACAAUGAGACAGAUUAGUAAUAAGGAAGAAGACCACAUCUAUAUCUAGACGCCUAAAGUGAGAGUUUUCACCGCGUCCUUGACCGGUAGCCAUAAUCAAUAUAACCAUAUUGUAUAGGAAUCAGGUUUUGAAAUAAGGUCUACUGAUAAGACCUUGUCAGAUCACGAUACUCGCAAACGUAGUGUCGCUCAGUCGGAUCUGAAGAGUCGGAUUAUAGUGACUUGUCUUUAUUAAAUGUAAAACUUUAUUGAACGUGAAUUUUGUGCAGUAAUUUAGUUGCUAUUAAAGAUGAGAGCCUAGUUUAAAAGCGUGAAAGACGAUAUGUGUAAGAGGGACGAUAUGUGAGCCAAGAAAUGGUAUAUGAUAGAGAAGUGUGGAAGAGGAAAACAUUUGCGCCGACGCCAGGUACUAUAGAGUGUAAAGUGCCAAUGAAGAACAAACCUCAAGAAAAUAUCAAGAUAUUUGGAAUUUCAAAUUCAUUUAAUCUCUUAUUGGACAUAGAAGAUGGAGAAGACGAAGCCAUCAGCUCCUCCCAUUCAACUUGUUAUGGACGAUAACUACAGCUCGAAAAUUGAGCUGGCUUACAAUGGAUCGCGAGAAGACAUGGGCCCGUACGUGCCAGCAAACCAUCGACCUAUGGAGUCAAACACCUCGAGUUUCGGUGCCUUGGCCCAUUUACUGAAAGCAUCCCUCGGUUCUGGUGUACUGGCUAUGCCGUUGGCCUUCAAAAACGCUGGUCUCCUCGUAGGUUGCAUCGGAACUAUGCUUAUUGGACUUAUUUGCGGACACGUUAUACAUAUCUUGGUAAAAACAUCACAACAGCUUUGUGUGGAAGUAAAAAAACCAGCUUUAGGCUACGCUGACACAUGCGAAAUCGUCUUCCAGAACGGACCGAAACCUAUAAGGAAAUUCGCAUCGAUUGCCAGAGAACUAGUGGACUGGUCGUUGGCUGUCACUCAUAUGGGAGCGUGCUGCGUGUAUGUUGUUGUUAUAGCUGAAUCGUUUAGACAAGUCUCAGUCGAAUACGGAGGUCCUGAUUGGUCGGUAACAGCAUAUUGCGCUCUGACACUGAUAGUUCUCAUCCCGCUGACACAAAUAAACAAACUUAAAUAUUUAGUACCUUUUUCGGCAGUCGCUAAUUUUGUGUGGCUAGUGUCUAUAUGCAUAUCAAUAUAUUACUGCUUGAGAGAUACUCCUGAUAUAUCCGAGAGGAAUAUGGCUACAUCUAUCGAUGGCAUCCCAACGUUUAUUAGUACAAGUCUGUUCGCCAUGGAAGGCAUAGGCGUAGUGAUGCCGAUAGAGAACGAAAUGUUGAAGCCUCAGCAGUUCCUCGGCUGUCCAGGGGUCUUGAACAUCGCCAUGAGUGCGGUCGUCGUGCUCUAUGGCUUCGUCGGCUUCACUGGAUAUUUGCAAUUCGGUGAAAACGUCCGAGGGAGUUUAACGUUAAAUCUGCCGCUUGAUGAAGUAUUAGCUCAAACGGCGAAGUUACUAGUGGCCUGUGUGAUGCUCCUAUCAUUCGCCCUAAUCUUCUACGUUCCAGUUGAUAUAGCGUGGAGGAGAAUUCAGGAUAGGAUACCUGCAAAGACUCACAGAUGGGCAAUGUCUGGAUUAAGGCUAUUUGGUACCCUAUUUAUAGUCGGCUUGGCCUGCGCGGUGCCAAAGUUGGAGCUCUUCAUGGAGUUGGUCGGUGCUGUCUGCCUCUCUGUUUUGGGACUGCUCUUACCGUCCGUCAUUGAAAUUAUCUGGAGAUGGGGUAGGGACAUUGGUCCAACUCAUUGGAUCGUAUGGAAGAACCUUGUAAUAUGCCUGUUCGCGAUAAUCGCAAUGGUCUCAGGGGUGACUUUUGCUAUUAAAUCAAUGCUUGAGAAUCUGUGAUUUUCUAGACUACUAAUAAUAAAAUUAUACCCUAUAAGUUAAAUCAUAAUUCUAAUUUUUGCUUAUGUUCUAUUUCAAAGAUUAAUUUUAGUUUUUAUUUAGUUAAGAACUGCUGAACAGAAGACGUUGUUGCAGUUAAUCAUUGUUCAAAAAGAGAUUUAAAUCAAUGACAUAACGCUAAUUUUUAGGUUAAGGAAGAAAAAAGUAUUAUAUAUAUUUAUUUUACAAUUU